GAGAGAUCCGUCUACAGGCCGAUCCGUAGCUCGGCUCAACCCACCGCUGCAGCGCGGAAAGGAGGCUUCCGGUGCGCCUGCGCGGGACGGGAAGGCGAUUUGGAGUGACGUACCAAAUCUCUCUUCGGCGACUCUUUUUCGAAGAUUCGUUGCUCGCUAAGUGAGCAUGCGUGCUGCUGGCGGGGAGGGGGUGCGGUCUGCGCGCGCUGGAACCAACGGUCGUUGGCGCCUCUGCCGCUACGAAUUGUGGGUGGCGUCUCCCCAGCUCCCAGCCGCUGCUAUGGUGGACGGCCUCGGAAAGGCGGAGUCGGGAGCUCAGCUUCUCACUCGACUUGAAGGCAGAAGUUCCCUGAAGAAGCUUGAACCUUAUCUGUUUGCUGAAGAGGGAUAUCCCAUUCAUGGAGAUGUUGUUGAAUUCCACGGUCCCGAAGGAACAGGGAAAACAGAAAUGCUCUACCACCUUGUCGUCCGCUGCAUUCUCCCCAAAGCAGGAGGGGGCUUAGAAGUCAGUUUGCUUUUUAUCGAUACCGACUUCCAUUUUGACAUGCUGCGCCUGGUGACCGUUCUGGAGCACAGGCUGCCCCAGAGCUCUGAGGGCCUGAUCAAGCAAUGUCUGGGGAGGUUUUUCCUUGUGAGCUGCAACAGCAGCGCCCAGCUGCUGCUCACCCUUUACUCUUUGGAAAACAUGUUUUGCUCUCACCCUUCCCUCUGCCUCUUGAUGAUUGACAGCAUGUCAGCCUUCUACUGGACCGACAGAGCGAACGGAGGGGAGAACCUCGGCCUGCAAGAAGCCAACAUGCGGAGGUGUGUGCAGUGCCUCGAGAAGCUCAUCCAAGAGUAUCACUUGACCUUGUUCGCAACGACCCAGACCAUCAUGCGGAAAUCUUCAAACUCUGCUGAAAGCUCAGGUCGACCUCAGGAGGAGGCAGAGGUGGACUACCGGCCUUACCUCUGUAAAUCGUGGCGACAGCUGAUAACCCAUCGGAUCUUUUUAUCCAGGCAGCAUCCCAUAGACAGCGCUCAAGGAUUUUCAAUCACUUCCUGCCAUAUCCGUAGCAACAGUGUUGUGAAGCGCCCGUUCAGCAUUUCAGAACACGGGAUCCAGUUCUAAUGGUGGCUUUUUUAAAAAAAAAAAAAAAGCGUACAAAAUGUUGACAGUUUUAUUGUCAAGGUUGCAUAAACUUCUGUAGGUUUUUUUUUAAGAAACUUUAAAAAAAUGUAUACAAAAUGCUCCCUAAAAUAUAAUUUGAAAGCUUCAGCAAGUGCUUCUAUUUCAGCCUUGCAGUUGUGGAAGCAUUAAGGACUUCAAGAAGAAAUAGAAGACCAGUCAUCGCCGGGGUCCAAUAAAUACUUGAGUGCUGUA